UAUGCAGAGAGCCUGAUCUCUGAAGAAGAGGAAAUACAAACAAACAGCGCGGUCUGUCUCUCUUCUUCUCUUCUCUUCUUUCUGCUGUGCUGACAGAACUUUUUUUCAGCCUGUGAAUAAACACAGCAGCAGCACUGUAGCGCUGUGUAACGCCGGUUAAAGCAGGUGUAACCCUGGAGAGCUGCAGGGCGGCGAUAUGUCGGCUGUGCUGCUGCGGCGGCUCCCCGCUCCCUGCCGGCUGCUCGCUCAGGCUUUACUGAGCGCAGGAGCGAGUGGAGCUCAGAAGGUGGUGGUCAGACUGCGGGCGGUUAAUCCGCUCUUCUCCCUCUCAGCUUUUCUACAGAGUUUAUGUGAAGACGAAGCGACGCUGGAUGAAGACACUCAAGAACUCACCACAAAGCCACUGGUGUGCUUGUUUUCUGACGCUUUCAAGACUGAUCUGCUCUGCUUUUUGCACCUUGUCCAUUCUUGGGCUCCACGGUAUAGUGUUCUCUCCCUUCUCCACUGUCUGGAUCAGGAUAAGAAGCGAAAACCAUGGAUUCAGACCCUAAUUUAUCAGCUUCACAGAGACAUUGGUCAUGUGGAACAUGAGGAAAAAAGCCUUCUGAGCUCAGAGUGUGUGGAGCGUCUGAAAGGCCUGUGUGACCGAUUUAAAGACCCUCAAGCAACAGGAGGAGGCUGGAAAGACUACCUGAAUGAACACAGGAGGGAACUGCAUGCAGAUAGUGAGGCAGAUUCUGUGCAGAAGAAGAGAAAAAGUGAGGUCUUGGAUCAGGAUAUGGAGACUGAUUUGAAUGAGCCCCACACCAAAAGGUUAAAGACAGAUUUGCCAGACAUUGAGAAAGCUGAGGGUGAAAAGGUGGCUGAGGGUGAAAAGGUGGCUGUGGAUGAGGAGGCAGUUGAUGAGGAAGCACUGCAGCUUUACAGUGGUCCAGAAAGAGCUUCUCAACAGAAAGAGCCACAGGAAGGUCCUUUAAGUGCCUUGCCAGACAAUAUAAAGGCUGCUGUUCCUUUGCUGAAAGAAUUAUUAGAGUCUGAAACAGAGUGGAAUGAGAGCUGUAUGGCUACACUGAAAAUACUGAAUGAAUGUGAUCCCAAAGAGAUGGAGACACUGUGUGGAAUUCUGUGUUUAGCUGAAACGCCUGAGCAGAUGUUACCUCACUUCUGUAGAUUUCUGCUGGCUCUGACUCCAGAUCUUAGCCACAGGGCUGCUUCUAUCAUUAUCAAAAACCUGCUACUGGGCAAGGUUCUGUCCCUCACUGAACCAGCAUCCCGCUCUCUGGUCACUGCUGUAACGUCACUCUGCAGUCAAUACCCAAGACCAACCUGCCAAGCUCUUAUUGAGCCAGUUAUAAAGGAGGGACGGACAGGUAGCGCUCAGGCUGAAUUACUCUGUCAGCUGGUAAAGGACUGCCUUGAGCCACAUCACAGACUUCUUGUAUUUGAGAUGACCCUCGAGGUAUCCUGGAAUGAGAGUUUGUUGUCAGUCAUCCAUGCCUUACUGGAAUUGAAGAUUGAGCUGAAUGAGGGGCUUUUCUCCCUCUUUACUAAACAGCUGAGCAGCCAGUCACCACACUUUUCCAAAUCCAUGAAGUUCUCUAAGAUGAUGCUGACUGUGCUGACAAAGUUCCAGUGUCAUGUGAAUGCAGCAUGCCAUAACACACUGUCUUGCUGUAUCUCUUACAACGAGACCUUCCUAAAGAAGUCCCUCCAGGGUGCUUUAAAACGUAUUACUCAGUAAUGUUAAUUAUUGAUGUAUAGAUUUGUUAUAAAUAAAGAUAUUUUCUAUAUCUGCUCAAAUGUAUUGUUGCUGUAAGUGUUAAUAAAUUAAUACUUGUA